AUGUUCCUGUUGAGUUUUUCCAUCUUUGCUGGCUUCCUGCUCUGCCACCCUCUGUAUUCGACUGCAACCUGCACCGAUGGGAAGCCCAGAGAGUGUCAGGAGGCCGAAUUCGCUCCUGGAUCCAACUUAGCUGGGGAAGGAUUCGACAUCACCAAGAUGGAGCGUAAAUCCGCGUUUGUGCUCGACAUGAAUCAGUGGAAACGCAAAGACAAGACCUGCACCCUGUGCGCUAACCCAUUUCUGGAGGGCAAAAAGAUGAAGCUGCCCCUGUCCGUGCUGGACUGGAGGGCCAAGCAGACCUGCAGCGCUAAAGUUUCCUCCAAGCUCUACAAAUCCAGCGAGUCUCUGGUCAGCUCCAGCACCUCCUCUGUUGAGAACAACUGGAAGACCGAAUUAGAAGUCGAAAUGAAAGGUAGAUCUGGCAGCCUGAUGCUGGCUGGGACCAAAUCAAGGGUUGCUGAAUACUCCAUGGAGAAAACAAAGAAUGACAAGUUCAGCUUUGCAAGUACCAGCGUGUCCUGUGAGUACUACAGCUACAGAGUGUCCAGCACUCCCAAGUUGAACAGAGAUUUCAACAAAGCAGUGAAAAAGCUUCCUAAAGUCUACAGCCCAGAAUACAAGUCCAGAUUUUACACGCUGAUCGAUGUUUUUGGCACCCAUUACAUCACCAAGGUGAAACUGGGAGGACAGAUCCAGUCUGUGACCAGCAUCGCGAAUUGCGAAGUGAGUCUCCAGGGUCUGAAAACAGAGGAAAUCCAAAUGUGUCUGGAGGCCGAAGCGUCUGCAAGCGCCAAAGUUAGUGUGAAAGCAGAGACAAAGCACUGCCAGACGGCUGCAGACAAACUGGACAGCAAGAAAUCCUUCUCCGACACCUUCAGCGACAGGUUCACAGAAAUAAAAGGUGGGUUCACCACAGACUCGGACCUUCUUUUUUCUUCCAACAAAAACCCAGAAGCCUACAAGGAAUGGCUCACUUCGGUCCCACAGUAUCCAGACCUCGUUUCGUAUUCCCUCUCGUCGCUCCACGAGUUGCUCCCUGAAAACACUCCGGUCAGGAAAAACCUGCGCAAAGCCAUCAGCCAUUACAUUUUGGAGAAAGGCCUGUGGAGGAAUUGCAGCGAGCGCUGUCAGGCCGGAAUACGGACCGACUCCAAGGACUCCUGCGUCUGCCAGUGCCACAACGAACCGGCGGUGAACUCUGACUGCUGCCCGACCCGGAAGGGAAUGGCCCGCGUCUUCAUAACGGUGGAAAGGGCCGAGGAUCUGUGGGGGGACCACAGCAGCGGCACGGACGGGUACGUCAAGGUGUUUGUCAAUAAAUUGGAGGUUUACCGUUCUUCCGUCAUUGUAAACAACAACAGCCCAAAGUGGGGCGCCAUCGUUGACCUAGAAACCAGGGACAUCUCUUCCGGAAACGUCGUGCGGUUUGAAAUUUGGGAUGAAGACAACAAAUGGGACGACGACCUGCUGGGAGAAUGUGAGCGACGCCUCUCUGCCGGAGUGUUUGCAGAUGUGUGCCCUCUCCAACAUGGCCGAUUCUACUUCAAAUGGGAGGUGAAGUGUAUUCCGAGUCUGACCGGAAGUUUGUGUACCGAGUAUAACAAGUCUGGCAUGACGGAAAGCCAGAGGAGCCUGUACGUGUCCCGUCACGCCCACCCGAUACCGAAAUCCGUCCUGGUGGAGAUGGGAGUGUUUGUGGAUGAAGGGAGCUCUGGUUCCACUUUCUGGAACCAGAGCCUGGCUGGGAAAACUUCGGUGUGAGCGGCUUUUAUCCACAUUAAGCCCAGCAAGUUGGCAUUAUUUCUAAUAUAGCGGACUGUUAGCAUGUUACUGAUUAAACUGCAUAGCAAUAACGUCGGGCUGGGCGAUAAAUCGACUUGAUCGAUUCAUCGAGUCUUUGGUUUUUGAAGAUUUAAUUAACAAAACAAUUAAAAAACAAAAAUCUAUUAAAAUUAGGAAUCAGAUCUGGUAUGGAAAAAAAUCUAAAUUUAUUUUUAAGUCAUAUCGCCCAGCCCUGCAGUAAUGCAACAACUUACCUUUGUGUACUUUUAGAAACCUUUGUGUAGGUUUUAGAAAUUACACGAGAAGCUCUGCUUUAUAUCUAGAUUAUGAAAUGUUACUCUGAAAGCUCAUAUUUAUGCAGAAUAAAAGCACGUUUUCUGAA